UCGACUUUUUGUCUAAAAAAAAACCCUCUCCACACCUCACGCAAAGUUCACCAAAAAAGUACCCAAAAAAAGCUUUAAAAAAACAGAGUAUUUGCAACAAUCUUAAAUACUCUAUUUUUCUAGAAUGAGUAUGGAGAAAUAUAAAUGUAAGUUAUGCUCUCGAAAGUUUAGUAAUGGAAGAGCUUUAGGAGGUCAUAUGAAAUCUCAUAUCAUGAAUUUAGCAUCAUCAUCUUCAUCAAGUUUUUCAUCUUCCUCAUUUUAUGAUUCCGAUCAAGAGAAGAGUUUUGAUGAUAAACCUAGUGAAACUGAAUCAUUCAAGAAAAACCCAAAAAGGAAAAGAUCCAAAACCAAAAGGAUUAUCUUAAAAUCUUAUGAUGAUCAAGUAAAAGAAGUAACUUCUGAUGAAGAUUUGGCAAUUUGUCUUAUGAUGAUGUCAAGAGAUACAAGAAGUAAUAGCAUUAAGAAGAAGAUUUACAAAUGUGAAACUUGUAAUAAAGUAUUUAGGUCUUACCAAGCAUUAGGAGGGCAUAGAGCAAGUCAUAAGAAGAACAGAAUAAUUGGUAAUAAUUUGAUUAUUGAAGAGAUUAAAGAAAUGGGUAUUGAUUAUGAUCAUGAAAAUGAGAAGAAAAUUUAUGAUUGCCCCAUUUGUUUAAGAGUUUUUAGUUCUGGACAAGCUCUUGGUGGUCAUAAAAGAUCUCAUGAUGUUCUUGAUUACAGUCCAAAGAAGAAGAAGAUAAUAGUGAUUAGUAGUAAUAAUACUUUUACUACUACUAAUGAAAGGUUAAUUGAUCUUAAUCUUCCUGCACCACUUGAUUUUGAUUAUGAUCAAGAAGAGAUUAGUCAGAUUGAUGAUGGUCAUUUGUGAAUGUGAUUUCAAUUAAUUAAGUAAAGUCAAUAGGUGAUUUAUUAAUUUGGAAUCAAAGUCUUUAUUUAGUAAUUAAACACCAAAUUGAGUAUUUAGCAUUAAGUUUUUCAUAGAAAUUAGUUUA